AUGAUCAGAACACUACUGCUUUCUGCACUGGUGGCUGGAGCUCUCAGCUGUGGGCUCCCCACAUACCUGCCUCACCUGCCCAGAGUGGUUGGAGGUGAAGAUGUGAGGCCCAACAGCUGGCCCUGGCAGGUUUCCCUGCAGUACCUCUCCAAAGACCAAUGGCGCCACACCUGCGGAGGGUCCCUGGUGGCCCAGAACUGGGUCCUAACAGCUGCCCACUGUAUCAGCUCCUCCAGGACCUACCGGGUGAUGCUCGGCCGACACAGUCUCUCCACCGAGGAGUCCGGCUCGCUGGCGGUCGCGGUCUCCAAGCUCGUGGUCCAUGAAGACUGGAACCCCAACAAGCUUUCCAAAGGGAACGACAUUGCCAUGCUCAAACUGGCCAAACCCGUCUCCCUGAGUGAUAAGAUCCAGCUGGGCUGCCUCCCUCGUGCUGGUAGCAUCCUACCCAACAACUACGCCUGCUACGUCACCGGCUGGGGAAGACUGCAGACCAAUGGGGCUCUUCCUGACAUCCUGCAGCAAGGUCAGCUGCUAGUUGUGGACUAUGCCACAUGUUCCAGUCCUGACUGGUGGGGCAGCUCCGUGAAGACUAAUAUGAUCUGUGCUGGGGGUGAUGGCGUGCUCUCCAGCUGCAAUGGAGACUCAGGAGGACCACUGAACUGCCAAGCGGAUAACGGCCAGUGGGAAGUACAUGGUGUGGUCAGUUUCGGGUCCUCCCUUGGCUGCAACUACUACCAUAAGCCCUCGGUCUUCACACGGGUCUCCAACUACAUCGACUGGAUCAAUUCGGUGAUGGCAAAUAACUAA